GCUGGACAUCUGAACGUUGUGAGAGCUUUUGAACUCUGCCAUACUUCUGCUGAAAUGCCUGGCUGCUUGACUCCUGUCGGAAUCUGUCAACCCGAGAGCAACGGAGACGGUUACUCCACAGCAGACCUGAUCGAGGUGCUCCCAGUCCCCAGACAGCAAGAGCGCAAAGAGAGAAAGAGAGAGGAGAGUGGCAGAGAGCAAAGGAGAAAGCUUUCAGUUAAAACCAACCAUCACCCGUCUCAGCUUUGACUUUACAAAGGGAAUUUACAGAUUAAUUUGAGAUGACACGGUUCAGGAUGAAAAUGCAGCCAAAUCAGAAGAUGGAUUUAAGAUGCUAGACAAAAACAUGACCAUUGACAACUAGAAGACACCCGGGAAGUAUUGUCUGCGCACAAACCUUGUCAAUUUUCUGCAAGACUGCCUUUCAAUUUUUUUAAAACACAAUGUCCGGGCUGGGCAGAGCUGAAGAGUCUGGACUGUACUGUAAAGCAUCCCAUAUCUCAGGCACGGAAGGUAUAAAACAGAUUAACAGGACAACCGGCAGCAGUGGGACUAAAACCUGCUCCAGACUUUAUCUUGCCUUUAUAUUAAUACUACUCACAUUGACACCACGAGUGGACUCUUCCUGGUGGUACAUUGGGGCCCUGGGAGCCCGUGUGAUCUGUGACAACAUCCCUGGACUGGUGAACAAGCAACGGCAGCUCUGCCAGAAGCAUCCCGAUAUCAUGCAGUCAAUAGGGGAAGGAGCCAAGGAGUGGAUCCGGGAAUGUCAGCACCAAUUCCGGCAUCACAGGUGGAACUGUAGCACCCUGGCCCGGGACCACACUGUAUUUGGCAAAGUAAUGUUACGUAGUAGCCGGGAGGCUGCUUUUGUCUAUGCCAUAUCCUCUGCUGGGGUUGUGUAUGCCAUCACACGAGCCUGUAGCCAAGGGGAUCUGAAUACCUGUGGCUGUGACCCACGGAAGAGGGGCAAGGCCCGCGACCUGAGAGGGGAAUUCGACUGGGGAGGCUGCAGCGACAACAUAAACUAUGGAAUAAAGUUUUCCAAAGCCUUUGUGGAUGCCAAGGAGAAGAAGGAGAAAGACGCCAGGGCUCUGAUGAAUCUCCACAAUAAUCGAUGCGGCAGGACGGCUGUAAAGCGAUUCAUGAAGCUCGAGUGUAAAUGCCAUGGAGUCAGUGGUUCCUGUACACUGCGGACUUGUUGGUUAGCCAUGGCGGACUUCAGGAAAACUGGAGAUUACCUGAGGAAAAAAUAUAACCUGGCAAUCCAAGUUACUAUGAACCAGGAUGGGACAGGAUUCACUGUCACCAACAGGCACUCGGGCAGGCUGAUCAAAAACGAGCUGGUGUACUUCGAAAACUCACCCGAUUACUGCGUCAUGGACAAGGCAGCAGGAUCUCUGGGCACAGCUGGGCGAGUAUGCAACAAGUCCUCCCGUGGCAUGGACGGUUGUGAGGUGAUGUGCUGCGGCCGGGGCUACGACACGACGCGGGUCGCGCGCGUUACCAAGUGCGAGUGCAAGUUCCACUGGUGCUGUGCAGUCAAGUGCAAGGAGUGCCAAGAGACAGUUGACUUCCACACCUGCAAAGCACCGAAACGCGCUGAGUGGCUGGAUCAGACUUGAUGGCGGCGAGCAGCGCCGCCUCAACUGUGCGUGGAAGCGCGUGGCAUUUUGGGAGUUGUAGUUUAGCUGCAUGGCUUGUCAUUUUUUUCAUUACAGUAAUACUCUGCAAAGCACCAAAGUGGACUACACCUCCCAGGGGACCAUUUUGAAACCAUUGGACAAGUUCAGUAAAUCACCGCAUAUUCCUUAUGAAUGGGGGGAAUGGCAGUCUAAGAGUAAAUCCGAUACAAUUUGCGAUACUAUUUUAAGCGGAACGGUGCAACUGCCAUUGAAUGAGAGACUUUAUUAAGUGAAGACCGUGGCCUCUAUAGCUGUCGUAAUGAGGACCGCCCUGUAGCAUCCGCUGCAUGCGACUAAUAUCUCCAGUCUGGUAUUUCUUAUUUUUUAUUAUUGGUAUGUCAACGCCUUAUUAUUAAGUGGACAAGCUGCUGACUGCUCCUUAAGAUUAUUCAGAGGGAUAUGAAGCUGUACCAGAAAACAAGGGCCUGCACUUUCUAAAGGCAGUUGUAUAACUGUAUUAACAAGACAACCUGCACUAUGGACUUUAGCUACGUGGGGAUAGCAGAGAGUGGGUGUGAGAGACAGCGGGAGAGAAAGAGACUUACUGGGAUAUGACUAUCUGUUGAUUUGAAUUCACGUCAGGAGCUACAGCCUUCAACUGUAAAGGGAUGUCUGUGAAGACAUUAGGGAAUGAGGUUCAGCUCCGGCUUACUGCUGUUGGUUUCAAUAGUGCAAACUCACCUGUACUUUUUUAUGGUUAAAUAUUUUAUAAAAUAUUGUUAUAAUUCUUACACUGCUACUGGUAUGUUAAUGUUUGGCAGACUUCAAGUGCUGUUUCUGCAGUCUAAGUUGAUGCAAAAACUUGCAUAAUACACUGUACUGUACAUUUCAAUCACCCCACCUAAGUAUCUUGUUUGUAAUUCCACCAAGAAAUGUUUUUUCUAAUUAAAAUGAGAGAAAAAAAUUGGGAUGGACCCCCCGUUCUGAUUAUUUAAAGUUCUGUGAGCCCUUGUAGGUUAGUCAAGGGAAUGAACAAGUGAACCACAUGAAUGAAAUAACAGAAGACAUUUUCACAGAAUGACUGUUGAAAACCUGAAACCUCCCCCAGUGGUAGCCCAUAACCAUUUGGCUGGAGUGGUGGAUCAGGAAGAAGAUGCUAACUUCAUUCUCACCAAAAAAAAUACCCUAAUACUAUGCAAGACCCGAACUUUCAGAGAAUGGCUGGAAGUACACAGGAUUAUUAUUAUUA